ACGACCUGGGGGCCCCGGACGAGAUGCUCGCCUUCAAGGACGAGGGCGAGCAGGAGGACAAGCUGCGGGGGGGCGGCGGCUUCACCGAGCGGGACCUGGCCGACCUCAAGUCGUCGCUGGUCAACGAGUCCGAGGGCAGCGGGGGCGGCGCGGCCGCCGCGGGGGAGGCCGAGGCGAUCCGGCGAGCUCAAAACCCCCAGAGGCUCUUCCAGGACAAACUCCAAGACCCCUUAGAAGACGGUUUAAAACCACAAGACGGCGGAGGGAUGUACAAAGAACCUGUUUAUCCUGGCUACAAUUUGCUAGUGCAUUAUCCACCCAGCGGGUCCGUCCCUCCUCUGAGCGACAGCGGUAUUGGUGGAGAGCGGAAGGAAUUCCCGGAGUGCCGGCUGCUGGCCCCCGGGAUGCCAAUGGGGAAUGACACCUUGUUGGCCAGCCCAGGAGUCAGACGGUGCAGCGCUGCGGCCGCAGCGGGCGAAGGAGACCAGAGGGUCAGAUACAGGACACGACCGGAAGAGCACAACAAAGUAGGGCAGCCGUCUCACGGAGUCCCCCAGCUCGCCCCCCUGUACGAACAUUUCAGCUCCCACCCAACCCACCUGCCGACCGACAUCAACCAGAAGCAAGGCGUGCACCGUCCCCUGCAGACGUCGGACAUCCCGAGCUUCUACUCGCUGUCUCCCGGCGGCGUCGGCCAGAUCUCCCACACCAUGGGAUGGACAAGCCCACCUCUCUAUCCCCUCUCCCCCUCAUGUGGAUAUAGACAGCACUUUUCGACCACGGUGAACCCGGGGGCACCGUAUCCCAGGUUCACCCACCCAUCACUGAUGCUGAGCUCCAGCAUGCACAGCCCUGGCAUCCCGCACCCGGCCAUCGGGCCCCACUCCGGGAAACAAGAGCUGGACCACUACGACCGCAACCUGAAACCCCAGCCUGAGCCCAAGCGGGAGAAGGAAGCCAAGAAGCCCACCAUCAAAAAGCCCCUCAACGCAUUCAUGCUGUACAUGAAAGAGAUGAGGGCAAAGGUCAUCGCAGAGUGCACGCUGAAGGAGAGCGCAGCCAUCAACCAGAUCCUGGGGAGACGGUGGCACGCGCUGUCACGGGAGGAACAAGCCAAGUACUACGAACUAGCCCGCAAGGAGCGACAACUCCAUAUGCAGCUGUACCCCGGCUGGUCCGCCAGAGACAACUACGGGAAGAAGAAAAGGCGGUCACGAGAGAAGCAUCAAGAAUCCAAUACAGAUAACUCUCUUCACUAUUCCUAGGAGGAAAAAGAAAUGCAUUCGGUACUUACAAGGAGAAGGACGCUGUGCCAGCCCCGUUUCUUCCGAUGGCAGUGCUAUAGACUCCCCUCCUUCCCCUCCAGACGCGCUCCGCUCCAUCCCCGCUGCUUUUACCUCCGAUGAGCUUGCUAGCCCCGCCGACCUCACCCCUAGACACCAGGUCCACCCUUUGCCCACCCACCUCCACGGCCCCACGGCCACCCCCUCCUCCCGGUGCUCCUCCACACUCCGUUUGCCGGUCAGCUCUGACGACCCUGCCUUCGUCGGCGCGGCCACAGGAACAUAGCAGCCCUCCACAGGUGCCAGCCGGCGAUCCUUCACGCUUCUGACACUCUGCCUCCCCGGGCUGGGGACAGGAAGCAGCCUCAAGCCCCCGCCCGGCUCCUCGGCCUCGCCCACCGGGCUUCCUUCCGCUGCCUGGGAGCAAGGCGGAGGAGGGUGGAGGACUGGAGCCAGCAGCUACUGUGGACAUGUCCCCUCUAAUCAGUGUCACCCAUCCUCUAGGAUCUGCGGGGAGCAGCUCCAGGGUACGGCCCCCGCUCUCCCGUCCUAGGAGCGAGGGGCACAGACUUGCUGACUGUAGAGCCGUUCCGGGGCCCUGCCGCACCAGCCGCAAGCCCGUGCCCGUGGAACCCGGAACCUCCCCGGGGGACCGCGUGCCAGCCCAGCUGGCACUGGUGCCCAAGGCGGAUGAUCAAAUAGGAGAAGGGAAGACGCCCACAGCCCAGGUGUCAGGGCGGGAAGACGCCGUUUGCAGAGGCUGCUCGAGACCGGGACUGCUGCUUGCAAUAAACCAGGCCGGGGAGGUGACCUCCCAAUGCCAAAAGAAGCCAGAGCCAGGGUGGGCCGGGCCUGGAGCCCCAGUGGCCACGUGCCAACAGUUGUUGCCUUGGCUGAUCAGGUAGCUCAGACUAGAGGACAGGGCGUGCGACAGUGGCCAUCUGGGUGGGCCAGAGUAGGGAAGAGACCAUGCUUUUCUCUCUCCCAUGAUUUCAGUCUGGGCACCAGACCCACCUGAGGCUCGGUGGAAACAAAGAAAGCAGCAAAAGCAAUCCCACAGCGACCCACAAUCCUCAACACGCAUUAGUCUUAAUCCCUUUCUCCGCCCUGCCCCCCCCCCCCACGGUGUUUUUGGGGUUCCAGAAUGGUCCCUAAUUCACCCCAUGGCCCCAUUUCCAUUUCCCCUCUUCUGCCUGGCCCAGCUCUGCUCUACCUACCCCUGUGGAAAAUGCACAGCAGCAAUAAAAUGGCCAAAAGGCUGGGGAUCAGGAAGAAGGAAGAGAGGUCCCAGCGGGCUGGUUAGUCAGUCCUUGGCUCACUGACCGGACAGCUCUAGUAGGAUGUCAUAGUUGACAGCAGUAGCCCACUAGGAAACACAUUAAAAGUCAACAGCAGCCCAGCAGGCAGUUUUAGCAUUUUGGAGCCCGUGUUUCCAUAGUGAGCAUUGGAAACCAAAAAAAAAAAUCCAAAAUUGUCUUUUUUUGGCUCGCUUUCCAAAGUGUAUAUACAUUCUUGAAUGCAGAAGGGACCACACAUCAUUCUUAGUAGAUUCUCUAUUUUCCUACUCUACUUGAUGGCUCUUGGAUACUGAAGACAAAGUAUUAUUCUUAUUGUAGCAUUGCCAGAAUUCCUCAAAAGAGACAAAGAAUCAUUAUAAUGUACAAAGUAUUUUUGUAUUGUUUUCUUAAGGCAUCACCACAGAGUUGACCUUUUUUUACAUGAGAAUAAAGAUACUUUUUACCGGGGUUCUGUUAUCAACGCUUGAAUGUUAACAGGCAGUGCCCGGUGCCCCAUACUAGUUUGCUUUCACUUACCUUUCUGCCACUCUGGCUCCUCGUCGCUGCUUGCUCCCUACAGUAUUUAUUCUCCAGCUCUCCCCACACUAGGCAGCUAGAAGGGGUCUCGGAUCCCGCCCUUGCCCAGGACUAACCACUGGCAGAAGGUUUAACGUGCUCUUGGGAUGGCUGGAGGCAGGGGGAGAGACGGGCACUUUUUACCCCCGUAGCAAUUCUGCCCAGCCUCCAGCCCUGGGAAUGGGGACCAGUCAGGAACCCCCUCACAGAGUGACCUCGGAACCCCAGCCCGGAACGCGAAGGAGGACGUGGCGUGGUCAGCCCGGCCAACUCACGUAGUGGUCACCUCCUCAAGGAGAACAGGUCGCUCUCAAUCCCACGGAUGGGAAGGGAGGCGGUCUCCCAUUCUGGCCACCCGCCGUUGACAACACCUUUCGUUCCGGCUUCACUUGAGUUCAUGCAAAUGGCAGGCUGCUCAGAUUUACUUGCACAAGUGUAAAAGGAAAAGACUCAAGAGGCCUGCCCAUUGCCCCUUGCAAGGAAAACGGGAGUAAAUAAAAUGUUCUUCUCCAGCAACAUUGUAACAAGUCAAGAGAGCCUUCAUCGGGAACCCCCAAAAGCAAACACGGUUUGGGUUGUAACAUCUUUCGACCUUAAACAAGAGUAUCGCUCUUCAGUUGGGGUUGCAGCCAGAUUUCCAUCUACAGACGGCAGUUUCAAUUGUGUUAAAAUCCACUGUACUUCCCGCAGUGCUUUAUGAAUGUAAAAGUCACUGCAACGUCCCAUCAUUAAGCCACACCACUGUACGUAUGGAGCAGGGAUAAAUGUUUUUCGACUGAACAGACCUUGGUCCAAUUUACCCAUCCACCCCGAGUUGUAAGUUGUUUUUUUUAAACUCCCAACGAUUUUGUAUUUUUUUUUUUGGCUUUCAUGUUCAAAACGUUUAUAGCUUUAUAAAUAAAGUGAUCUGCCAGUAAGCUGCCCAUUCAGCAAGGGGUCAGUGGCAGUCAAAACCCA